UGAAGGCAUUGCAGUCCCUGCACUCCCAAGCGCCAGGGUCAUUACAACAAGGCGAAGCCGCGUUCAUUGCGCUAGGAAAAUCCCGCCCCUGUUUUCACUCUCUCCCUCUCUUCUUAUUACAACUUAAAUAUAAACAAAAAAAGAAAAAAAGAAUUAUGUUGUCAAAUCCGUCGUCCACUCUCAGAAUUUUCUCUGAAAAAAUCUAUAAUCCUAUGAGGUGCAAUCUGCAUUGGAGUAUUUUCUUCGAUUUUCGACUACCAUUCCAGGUGCAACUCUUGCAUGCAUUCUGGGAUUGUAGGGUUAAUGAUGUAGAGGGUUUCAUGUUACUUUUCAUUUUAUAGUCGUGAUGUUUGUUUGCAGAAUCUGGUUGGUGUUGGUUUUUGCCAGAAUUUUCAGCAAUGAAAGUGAAUUGAAGUUGACAAUGCCAAAUUGACUUCAUGAUGAUUGAGUUGGGAAUUUCGCUUGUAUGGGUAGCCAGUGCAUUACUUGGUCUUCUAGCUGUCAUAUACGUGUUUGUUAGGUGGCAGAGAAAGACAUCCCUAAAUUGGGUCAAAGCAGCUGCCAGGGCAAAGAAGGAAGUCUGGAAGGAACUAGAUGUUCCUCGAUCUUGUCACUCGUGGAUGGAAGAUUUGGGUUAUGGUCAUCAGCCUUCUACAUGCUCUGUUUGUCUUACUUCCCUGGUGACCCCUGAAAAUGUUAGCUUAAAAGCUGGAUUUCAUACUUCUGUACAUCUUUGCGCUGUUUGUGGUGUAGCUGCUCAUUUAUACUGUUCAAAGUAUGCAGCAAUGGAUUGCAAAUGCGUUGCCCAAGCUGGCUUCAGCCAUGUGCGACACCAGUGGUCAGAAAAAUGGUUUAACAUGGAUGAAAAUCCUGAGAUGUCUGCCUUCUGUUUUUACUGUGAUGAACCAUGUGGUGUUCCUUUAAUUGAUGGUUCUCCAAUGUGGCAUUGCUUAUGGUGUCAGCGCCUGAUCCAUGUAAAAUGCCACGCAAACAUGUCAAAAGGAUCUGAUGACAUUUGUGAUUUGGGUCCUCUUAGAAGGAUUAUUCUUUCUCCACUCUGUGUUAAAGAAGUUAAUGAUGGACACACCUUAAAUUUUGUUUCAGAGGAAAUUAUGGCCUCUUCUGCUGGUGGGCAGAUGAGAAGAAGGCGCAGCCGGGCCAAAUAUGGAAGUGGUCAUUCAGUUAAUGGUAAGUUGCAGGACUCGUCAGCUACCAAUAGAGCUCUAGAAUAUGUACUGAAUGGGCUGGUUGGUUUGAAGAAAUCAAAAGGUGAAAAGAACAAUGUAUGUUUAAAGAAAAAUGGCAAAAUGAAGAGCACUUCUAACUGGUUGAUGCCUAAGAAAGUUGGAACAACCAUCUGUGCCGAAGUUAAGAAAUAUGUAUUGGUUGAUUUAGCCCAGGAUACCAGGCCUCUUUUGGUAUUUAUUAAUUCUAAGAGUGGAGGUCAACUUGGACCUUCUCUUCAAAAGAGAUUAAACAUGCUGUUGAAUCCUUUGCAGGUAUUUGAGCUGAGUGAUUCUCAGGGCCCUGAGGUUGGUUUGGAGUUUUUUAGUAAUUUGCAGUAUUUUAGAGUUUUGGUCUGUGGUGGAGAUGGUACUGUUGCAUGGGUUCUUGAUGCUAUUGAAAGACAUAAUUUUGGAUCUCCUCCACCAGUUGCUGUUCUUCCCCUUGGCACAGGGAAUGAUUUAUCGAGGGUAUUGCACUGGGGAAGAGGUUUCUCAAUGGUUAAUGGACAAUAUGGCUUAAGAACACUUCUUCAUGACAUUGACUGUGCUGCAGUUACUAUGCUAGAUCGUUGGAAAGUAAAUAUAAAAGAAGAGAACUUAGAAGGCUAUCCAAAUAAAGAACAAUCCAAAUUUAUGAUGAACUAUUUAGGAAUUGGGUGUGAUGCUAAGCUUGCAUAUGAAUUUCAUGUAACUCGCAAGAAUAAACCUGAGAAAUUUAGCAGCCAGUUUGUGAAUAAAUUGCGAUACGCCAAAGAAGGUGCCAGGGAUAUUAUGGAUAGAGCGUGUGCUGAUUUACCAUGGCAAGUUUGGCUUGAAGUUGAUGGCAAGGACAUCUACAUACCAAAGGAUUCUGAGGGUUUAAUUGUGCUGAAUAUUGGUAGCUAUAUGGGUGGAGUAGAUCUAUGGCAAAAUGAUUCUGAGCAUGAUGACAGUUUUAGUUUUCAAUCCAUGCAAGAUAAAACGCUUGAGAUUGUAUGUGUUCAUGGAGCGUGGCAUCUUGGAAAACUUCAAGUUGGACUUUCUCAUGCAAGGAGGCUGGCCCAAGGGAAGGUUGUUAAAAUACAUGCUUCAAGUUCUUUCCCAGUUCAGAUAGACGGAGAACCAUUCAUCCACCAACCGGGCUGCUUAGAGAUAGAACAUGAUGGGCAGGUAUUUGUGUUGAGGAAGGCCUCGGAGGAGCCCAGAGGCCAUCCCGCAGCAAUUAUGACGCAGGUUUUGGUGGAUGCUGAGUGUAAAGGAAUUAUUAAUGCUUCCCAAAAGAAGAUACUUCUGGAGCAGUUGGCCCUCAAUCUCUCUUGAUUCCAAUGUCUGAACCCCAUUUUGGAUCAUCCGUCUCUUUAUAACCCCCCAACACAAUUCUUGUCUCACUUAGACCAUAAAGAAGAUUUUGUUCUCAUAAAAAUUCCUCUUUCUGCAAGUGCUACUUCUGUAGGAGUUCUAAAUCAGUGGGAAAGUUCCACGAGAACAAACUGAGGUAGGAGCAUUUGUAAUAGAUGUUGUGAGAGAUUCGAUGGUUCAUCUAGUUUACUUGAUUUGUUGUGUUCCAUCUUUUUGCUCGUCCAUGAUAUUAUGAAGAGAAUAAAUGUUAGUCCAAUUCUGGUUCAA